AAGUGCAGUACACGUCUACAGACACCAGAUGGCACCGGUGCUGCAGUGGUGAAUGGCUCCUAACCAAGAGCUGAGAGUGAGUGGAAGUCAUGACGGCUGAGAAGAGUGGUCCGGUGAUAAACGGUAAACCAGAGGACUCUAAAGACGGGGACAGCUCCAGCACCAGCUCUCGACCCAUCGGGGACUACAAUGAGAGAGGCCAAUGGAGCAACAAGAUCGAGUUCAUCCUGUCUGUGGCCGGAGAGAUCAUCGGUCUGGGCAAUGUGUGGAGGUUCCCCUACCUCUGCUACAAAAACGGAGGAGGUGCGUUCUUCGUGCCGUACGUGAUCUUCUUCAUCUGCUGUGGAAUCCCUGUGUUCUUCCUGGAGACGGCUCUGGGACAGUUUACCAGUGAAGGAGGCAUCACCUGCUGGAUGAAGGUCUGCCCUCUGUUUGAAGGUAUUGGAUAUGCAACACAGGUGAUCGAGGCCUACCUGAAUGUAUAUUACAUUGUGAUUCUGGCGUGGGCUAUUUUCUACCUCUUCCAGUGCUUCACGACUGAGCUGCCCUGGGCCGGCUGUGGUCACUACUGGAACACAGAAUACUGUGUGGACUAUUAUGGAGAAAACGCCACCAAUGUCACCAACCUCAACGCCAGCUCCCCGGUCAUUGAGUUCUGGGAGCGGAGAGUGUUGAAGAUCUCAGAUGGCAUCGAGCACAUGGGCGGAGUGCGCUGGGAGCUGGCCAUGUGUCUGGCUCUGGCCUGGUUCAUCUGCUACUUCUGCAUCUGGAAGGGCCCCAAGUCCACCGGAAAGGUGGUGUAUGUGACAGCCACGUUCCCCUAUGUGAUGUUGCUGGUGCUGCUGAUCAGAGGAGUGACGCUGCCUGGAGCCUUCGACGGAAUCAAGUUCUACCUCUACCCCGACAUCUCCCGCCUGUCCGACCCACAGGUGUGGGUGGAUGCUGGUACUCAAAUCUUCUUCUCCUAUGCCAUCUGUUUGGGCUGUCUCACUGCUUUGGGGAGUUACAACGCGUAUGACAACAACUGCUACAGGGACUGCAUCAUGCUGUGUUGUCUGAACAGUGGCACCAGCUUUGUGGCAGGUUUUGCCAUCUUCUCUGUACUGGGCUUCAUGGCCUAUGAACAGAAUGUGCCCAUCGAGGCUGUAGCCGAGUCAGGCCCAGGUCUGGCGUUCAUUGCCUACCCCAAAGCUGUGACCAUGAUGCCUCUGGCUCCGCUCUGGGCCUGCCUCUUCUUCAUGAUGCUCAUCUUCCUCGGUCUGGACAGUCAGUUUGUGUGUGUGGAGAGCUUGGUGACGGCUGUGGUGGACAUGUAUCCGGAGAUGUUUAGGAGAGGAAACCGCAGAGAGGUCUUGAUCCUGGGAAUGUCAGUGGUCUCGUUCCUCAUUGGUCUCAUUAUGUGUACAGAAGGGGGCAUGUACGUGUUCCAGCUGUUCGAUGCGUACGCGGCCAGUGGGAUGUGUCUGCUGUUUGUGGCCAUCUUUGAGUCCAUAUGUAUCGGCUGGGUCUAUGGAAGUGACAGAUUCUACCUGAACAUUGAGGAUAUGAUCGGAUACAAGCCCAUCUUCUUCAUUAAGUGGUGCUGGAUGUUCCUCACCCCAGGCAUCUGUGCUGGGAUUUUCCUGUUCUUCCUGAUUAAGUACAAGCCUCUCAAGUACAAUAACGUGUACACCUAUCCCGACUGGGGCUAUGGCAUCGGCUGGUUCAUGGCGAUGUCCUCCAUGGUCUGCAUCCCCCUCGGACUCAUCUGGAAGAUCUGGAAGACCCCCGGGACCUUCUCUGAGAGGAUGAAGAAGCUGACCACCCCGAGCCCAGACCUGAAGAUGAGGGGGAAACUGGCCGCUCUGAGUCCAUACGCCUCCAACGACGCCAAGGCCAAAGGCGACUGCAAAAUCUCCACCAUCUCAGAGAAGGAGUCGCAUUUCUAA